AUAGAAAACAUGCCUAAUGACACUGAGGUUACCAUGUUUGUUUUAAUGGGCUUUACCGACCGCCUAGAGCUACAAGUCAUCCUCUUCUUGCUGUUCCUUGCAAUUUAUCUCUUUACUCUAGUGGGAAAUCUAGGAUUAGUUGUGUUAGUUGUGGUUGAUUCCCGACUCCAUACCCCUAUGUAUCAUUUCCUUAGUGUCUUAUCUUUCUUGGAUGCUUGCUAUUCAUCGGUUGUCACUCCUAAGAUGCUGGUCAAUUUCCUGGCAGAGAGUAAGGCCAUUUCCUUCUCUGGUUGUGUUGUCCAGAUGCUUCUGUUUGUUACUUUUGGGACCACUGAAUGUUUCCUUUUGGCUGCUAUGGCAUAUGACCGCUAUAUUGCAAUCUGUAAUCCUCUGCUUUACACAGCCAUCAUGUCUCCACAAAUCUAUGUGCCUCUCAUCAUUGGUUCAUAUGUGGGAGGUAUCUCACAUGCCAUUAUACACACUGUGGCUACAUUUCGUUUACCCUUUUGUGCAUCCAAUGAAAUCAGGCACAUCUUCUGUGAUAUCCCUCCUCUCUUGGCCAUCUCUUGUUCUGAUACUCAUGUCAACGAACUACUACUUUUCACUUUCGUGAGCUCAAUUGAGAUUUUUACCAUCCUGAUUGUACUGGUUUCCUAUGGCUUCAUCUUGGCUGCCAUUCUGAGGAUCCACUCAGCUGAAGGGAGAAGGAAAGUCUUCUCCACUUGUGGUUCCCAUCUGACAGGGGUAUCCAUCUACCAUGGCACCAUCCUCUUCAUGUAUCUGAGGCCUACUGCCAGCUAUUCGCUCAGCCAUGACAUGGUGGUAUCUGUAUUUUAUACCAUAGUAAUUCCCAUGUUAAACCCCAUCAUCUAUAGCCUGAGGAACAAAGAUGUGAAGGAAGCAAUGAAAAAAGUUUGGGGGAGAGCAUCUUUUUCAUUUUAA